GGCGCGCGGGCCGCGCUGAGCUUGACGGCCAUCGCGCGCAGGGGCGGGUGGGACUUGGGCUACGACAGCCAGAUGCAGGUGGCGUGGAGGGCCGGCGUCAAGGACUCGAGCAAGUUGAAGCAGGUUGUCCCAGGGUGCGCCAUGGCGAGGAAGCAUGACGGCGAGACGCGCCCCGUGGCAACGUUCUCCGACGGCGCGGCGCGGGCCGCGCCGAACGCGAGCGAGGUGGGCUUGGACAAGCCGCUCUCCAGCAACGAGGAGUAUCGCGGCACCAAGGACAACAAGGACGUCGCGGUCGCUUGGGUGAACCACGCGACGCGCGGGGUCUGGCUGCAGAUCAAGGAGGGCAAGGAGCAGAGGAUCGAGGACAAGAGCUUCCGCGAUGAGCGCAAGAAGGAGGCGACGGCGUUCGCCAUCGAUAUUGCCAAGUUGUUCAUCGAGGGCAAG